CCACGUCCGUGCCAUGGCGCCCCGGCGUCCCGCCGAGCUGUACCGGGCGCCGUUCCCGCUCUACACCGUGCGCCUGCACCCGCGGCGCCCGCUCGCCAUCACCGCCGGCGGCGGCGGCGCCGCCAAGACCGGCAUCCGCAAUGGCGUGCACUUCCUGCAGCUGGAGCAGAUCGGCGGGCAGCUCAGCGCCUCGCUGCUGCACUGCCACGACACCGAAACCCGCGCCACCAUGACCAUGGCGCUGGCCGGGGACGUCAUUGCCGCCGGGCAGGACAACAGCUGCCACAUCCUGCGCUUCAGCCUGCAGGAGCCCGAGGCUCCGGGCGCGGCCGGCAAGGACGGCAGCGGGGACAAGGGCCCGCGGCGGCGGCGGGGCGGCAGCGGCGGCGGCGGCGGCGGGGCCCAGGGCGCGCAGGGCCGGCCCCGCGAGGUGAGGGUGGAGAGCCUGCAGCGGGUGCGCACCGACUUCAGCCCCGACGCGCUGCAGAAGGCCGUGCGCUUCAGCGCCGACGGAGCCCUGCUGGCCACGGGCGGCGCCGACGGCUUCCUGCGCCUCUGGGAGUUCCCCAGCAUGAAGAAGACAUUGGAGUUCAGAGCCCACGACGGGGAAAUUGAGGACAUCGCUCUGGGCCCUGACAACAAGCAGGUGGUGACGGCGGGCAGGGACUUCCAGUGCUGCGUGUGGCAGCGGGACCAGCUGGUGACAGGGCUGCGCUGGCACGAGAACCUGCCCGGCAUCCCCGACAAGGCCUAUCGCUACCAGGCGUGCAGGUUUGGGGCCGUGGAGGGCAGUGCUGGGGCCCUGCGGCUCUACACGGUGCAGGUGCCCCACAAGCGGGAGCGCCGCCCCCCGCCCUGCUACCUGACCAAGUGGGAUGGGAAGAGCUUCCUGCCACUGCUGACGCGGCCCUGCGGCUCCGAGGUGGUCUCCUGCCUCUCCAUCAGUGACUCGGGCACGUUCCUGGGGCUGGGCACGGUGACGGGCUCCGUGGCCAUCCACAUUGCCUUCUCGCUGCAGAGGCUGUACUACGUGAAGGAGGCCCACGGCAUCGUGGUGACCGACGUGGCCUUCGUCCCCGAGAGCCGGCCCGGGCGGGAGCUGCUGGGGGGCCACGAGGCCGCCCUGCUCAGCGUGGCCGUGGACAGCCGCUGCAAGCUGCACUUGCUGCCCACCCGCCGCUCCCUCCCUGUCUGGCUGCUGCUGCUGCUCUGUGCCGGGCUCAUCGUGGUCACCAUCCUGCUGCUGCAGCUCGCCUUCCCGGGCUUCCUGUAGCCCCCUGCCCCCCCGGAGGGACCCCCCAGCCUCCCCGCACCCCACACAGACUGUGAAGCACACGAGGGACCAGCCCUGGCCCCGCUGUCCCCGCUGGCGCUCGGGGAGCAGGCGCGGGUCAGGGAGGCACGCAGGGCGCCGUCCCUGUGGGGCCGUGCUGGCAGCAGGGCAGGGCUGGCCCGGGACAGGGCCAUCUCCUAGCCCGGGACAGGAGGGUCCUGCUGGCCCCUGCCCUGCUGCUGCCAUUAAACUGGAGCAUGAA